UACCUUGUAGUAUGUGUCACAAAUGUACGUUUGAUGAAUCUGCACUGCAUGUGUCAUUCCUCUUUACAUGUUCAUGCUCGUAAAAUAUUUUGGAGUGAAACUUUAUGACACCUAAUCAAUCAAUAAAUAUUUCAAUGUUUUCAGAGGACAUCUGAUUCCGUGGGAAAACUCCUUUUCAGGAAAAGCAACAUGGGAAACUCCUUUUCGGGACAGCAACUGACCCAUACAUGCGACCAAAAGUGAAAGUCCCCACAAGGAAAACAAAUGCUUUAUUUUGUAAUGAUAUCAGUGUGAGACCUGUAUAUGUUGUCACCUUGCUGCCACCCACAGGGAUAUUUGUAUCAAACUGUAUUUGUCCAGUGUUUGUCUGUGCAUUGCAUAACCUGGACAGACUAUAUGUUUUUUCAACCAAAACGUUAACUUCAUUCACACUCAGCGUCUGAAGGUGGGGAGGUAUCACCCUCUGUCCAUGCUCCAAUCCAGCUUUCUCUUUCAUGUCCCUCUCUCCGCCUUCCCCCUUUCGCGCCGUGGUUGAACAAAUGCAGCCUCCCAUUCGUCCUUCCUUCCUUUUUACUCAAUGCACACUAAUAAAAUGUUUGGAUAUUGAAUACAGAAAGAAAUACAUAACUUGUCUACAGACCGUAUUUGAGCUUCUAUCAUCUAGUUGCUAUAGCGACAGCUGCCUGUCAUAUAGAUCUGGUCUCUAUACGAGCCUGGUUACUGUUUAACCUCUCCACCCACAUUUGCCCAGAUUAGGAAAAUCAAUAAGAUAACAGCUAGGAGUACCUACCUACCUACGGCUGGGGCCUUACCUUGCAUCAACACUACCUUUCUCACUAUAACGCAGGCGGGCGCUAACUUCCAUAUUUGAAACCCUAGAACUUUAGGAAUACAGGAGAAAAAGAAAGACACAUUUGAAAGAAACAGGGGGAGGAGAGACAUGGUCAAUGUAAACUCACAAGUCAGUACAAGCAUGGAGAUUCCAUUCGCUGAUGGACAAUGACCCAACACACCCAACACUCCAAGCUGUGUAAGGACUAUUUGACCAAGAAGGAGAGUGAUGGAGUGCUGCAUCAGAUGACCUGGUCUCCACAAUCCACUGACCUCUACCCAAUUGAGAUGGUAGCUGAGAGGGAAUUUGUUUGUCCAAAGCACUGGUAGACAUGGACAUGGCAGACUAUAGUGACGCCCUGGACCCAGCCUACACCACAUUGGAAUUUGAAAACAUGCAAGUGCUCUCCAUGGGCACAGACUCCUCGCCGGCUGAGAGUGCCAACAUGAACACAGCCAAUCACCUCGGUGUGGUCGCCCUGUGUGCCAUAUGUGGGGACAGGGCCACGGGAAAGCACUACGGGGCCUCCAGCUGUGACGGCUGCAAAGGUUUUUUCCGCCGGAGUGUUCGCAAAAACCACAUGUACUCAUGCAGGUUCAACAGACAGUGCAUUGUGGACAAAGACAAAAGGAAUCAAUGCAGAUACUGUCGAUUGAAGAAAUGCUUUCGAGCUGGCAUGAAAAAAGAAGGUAUACAAUUCAUUCAACUUCAUUCAAAUGCUGUACAGAACGAAAGAGACAGAAUCAGCACCAGAAGAUCUAGCUAUGAAGACAGCAGUUUACCAUCUAUCAAUGCACUCAUCCAGGCAGAUGUACUCUCAAGACAGAUAUCCUCACCUGGGCCCAUACUGAAUGGUGACAUCAGGACGAAAAAGAUAGCGACCAUCACAGAUGUGUGUGAAUCAAUGAAACAGCAGCUGCUGGUGCUGGUAGAAUGGGCCAAGUACAUCCCUGCCUUCUGUGAUCUGCCUCUGGAUGACCAGGUGGCAUUGCUACGAGCUCAUGCUGGAGAGCAUCUUCUGCUUGGAGUUGCAAAGAGGUCUAUGUUGUACAAGGACCUCCUGCUAUUAGGAAAUGACCACAUUAUUCCCCGGAACUGCCCCGAGUUGGAAGUGAUCCGGGUCGCAGUUAGGAUUCUGGACGAGCUAGUGCUGUCCUUCCAGGAGCACCAGAUAGACGACAAUGAAUAUGCUUGUUUGAAAGCCAUUGUUUUCUUCGAUCCAGAUGCCAAAGGUCUGAGUGACCCCAGUAAGAUCAAGCGGAUGCGUUACCAGAUUCAGGUCAGCCUAGAGGACUACAUCAACGACCGGCAGUAUGACUCCCGGGGGCGCUUUGGAGAACUGCUCCUGCUGCUGCCCACACUACAGAGCAUCACCUGGCAGAUGAUCGAACAGAUACAGUUUGUCAAGCUAUUUGGGAUGGCCAAGAUUGACAACCUGCUCCAAGAGAUGCUCUUAGGAGGUUCUGCUAACGAGACAACUCACACACCUCACUCUCUGCAUCCACAUCUGGUUCAGGAACACCUCAGCAACAAUGUCAUUGUGGCCAGCAACAUGGCUACUCCCAUCCAUAACGUCCAAAUCUCCACUCCUGAAACUCCAAUUCCCUCUCCUCCCACAGCCUCCAGUUCAGAACACUAUAAGAUGGCUCAAGGGGUUAUAGCCACCGUGCCCAAGCAAACUAGCUCUGUCCCGCAGCCAACCAUCACCAAACAAGAAGCCAUCUAACACAGAACUGGACCCCACAAACCCCCUCCAACAAAACAUUCACAAUUUCAUAAUCUUCGCUAGUAUCUCUUAUUUCUUUAUACAUACUCAGUAUAUAGAUGAUAAACAAUUCAUAUGUGAGAAACACUUAUUCUCAACAAAUCUCAGGAGUGUACUGUACAGUUGGGAUGCAUUAGUCAACUGACCCCCACCAGAGGUACAUAAGCCCAAUAAUAUUAUUACAUGUACAAUGUAGUAUCAAGCAGACAGAUGAGAAAUGACAUUGUCAUGUUUUUAAAUAAUGUAAUAAUGUGACAGACAUAGCUAUAUAAUAGGUAGUCAAUUGGUUCAGAAUUAUUAUUAUUUUUUACUUUUUCAAGUUCUAUUCAACUUGCCGUAUGACAGUUUUGUGUUUCAUUGAAACAUGUCCCUGUCUAAUAUGGUUUAAUAUGUCCCUGUCUAUAUGUUCUAAAAAAAUCGCUAUUUAGUUCUGUAGUAACGUGCUUAAAUGUUUGAAUUAAAACAGCUCAGUCCAUUUAAUGCUGUAUACUUUCUGUGGAGCCACCUCAUAAAAGCUUAAAGACAAUCACAGGUUGAGGAACUCACAAUGUUUUCCCAUUUGAAAUAAAUGCAUAGCAUUGGUGUUUAGAUGUAACAAAAUAUUUGCAGUUUUACUGUAAAGACCAUGUUAGUGUAUUUUGUUUGACUAUAGAAUCCUUUUGUGUCAUGGUAUUAUAACUACUAAAUUACAGAAUAAACUGUGCCUUUCAUUCAAUACUGCCUUACACUGGAAAGAUGGGCAAUAUGGUUCACCUUACAAUGUGAAGAUGAAUAAAAUGUCAAUGUUUAUUUUUAAAUCACUUUGCACUGCCCCUUAUUUAAAUUACACAAUACAAGUACUUAAUGGAACCUUUAUUUAUAUGGUAUGAGACCAAUACCAUCUCAAUUAAAAAUGUAGAAGGCAUAGCCUAUCCACUGUUAAUAAACCCUGAUUUUAUGUCAGAAGGAAAAAUAUAAUUUGCUACAUUAUUUCAGAGGUCUCCUCCUGUCACCCUAUAUCUAUCACACAUUUGUCUGGCAAAGUCAAUAUUGUACAACAAGUUAAGUGAAUGAGAAAACUAGAUGAUUUGUUAUCUUCAUUUUACUGUUCUUAGUUAUUAGUAAGCUAUGGUAUUGAAGAUAGCCUACAAUCCUCAAGAUGUGUAUUUCUCAAUUAUUAUUAGCAUGGUAUUAUGAUAUGGAUAAUGGUCAAUGACCAUAAUGAUGUUCAAUGUUUCUUUAUCGAGGACGGGUUAACCCUGGCUAAAGAAUUAAAGUGACAUUUCAAAACCAGCUUGAAUUGAUUGUCGGCUGUUUUAGUCUCUGACGAAUGAAAAGCCGUGGCCUACGUGGCAGUGCAUGGUCAGGAUAAAUAGUACACGGGGAGUUUCUUCAGGCUGAUAACAUGUCAUAAAGUAAUUGCAGAUAGCUGUGAAAUAAAGCUUCUCAUAGAUUAUUUUUCUACUUGAGUAAGCUAAAGAAAAAGUCAGUAAUAUCUUCAUCGAUAGGUUCAAGACAAGGCAUUUACAUGUUUGUGUUUGUUGGUGCACCCAUUUCUUCCAGGCUCUAUUGGUAAUAGGCCAACAUCGAGUUUUGUUUAACAAGUGUAGUGAAAUAAAAUAUUUUACCAGUU